CGACCGGAGCCAAAGAGUUUGCCGGGAGCACUCUCUCGACGUGCACUGCGCAAAAGUGCUCGUCGCUGUUUGCAGUUUUCUUACCCCACGCUACUGGACAAAGGGACCGCGGCCCGUCGAGUCACUGCCUGGUGUCUCCGCGCUACGGCCCACGAUUCAAUAUGAAAUCGAACUGCGGGAGUUGUCUUUGGACACGGGGCAUUGUUCUCUCGUUCAUCCUGUGGUCGAGAGCUGUGGGCGAAGGGAUGGCCGCCGACGUGCCGGCGGGGGAUGUGGGCUUCAACGAGACUGCGACGACGGAGGCCCCCCAGCCGAACGCCCUGGCCAUUUUGCGGGAGAUGCUCCAGACUCAGAUUGACCAGGCCUACGAUUCGUCGGCGGAGAGGUUCCUCGGUGCCAAGUUGUCACCGCAGUGCAGUCUCAAGCUCCUCAAGUUUGUGCAUGCGCUGCGGAACUUCGAGCCCUGGACACUGAGAAUGCUCGACGCAACGGGCAAGUACCCCACGGGGCUGUUCCAAGGCACGCUGUCAGACAUCGGGGCCUUUGAUCAGUGCAUCGAGACGGUGAUACACGACGACUAUGGCAACGAGAAGGUCAGGGCACACUACUGCAAUCUGUACAUGAAGUUCGGCAAAGAUCUCUCCUUCUUCGAACAUGUGGACGACAUGCUUCGCUUGUCGCACAGAAGGACGCCGAUUUUCGCAAGGUAUCAGCAAGACAAGAGAGUCCACGGUGUCAGAAUUGGUCUGUGCUUUGUGCACGAGUGUAACGAGGAGGACCUGGAGAAUCUUUUCAAACUCAUCGUGAUCAGUGACAUGGAGGUAAAGGUACAAGACUGCGUGACAAACCAGGCUCCACCUAUCGACGACACGCAAGCCGGAAUAAUUGCCUUCCUCUCCGUCCUCGCCUUUGUACUGGCGUUGAGCACAGCAAUUGAUCUCAUUCACAAACAUCGCUAUGGAAACGAUGGGUCUCGAGGAAAACUGGUCCAGUACCUAACGGCCUUCUCCCUUCCUGCGAGCACAAGAACUUUGCUGUCUGUAAACAGGGACAAGCAGUCGGACGCUUACAAGCUUCGCUUCCUGCACGGAAUCCGGUUCUUCAGCAUCGUCUGGGUCGUCCUUGGCCACUCAUAUAGCACCUUCAACUUCACCAACGUCUCCCGUCUGGUCAAUGCACUUCACUAUGGGGACAACAUCACAUUCUGCUUUAUAAUGGCUGGCUACCUGAGUGUGGACACUUUCCUCUUUCUGGCAGGCUUUCUUCUGACGUACAACUUGAUGAGAGAACGCGCCAACGGAUUUGUUGGAGGAUGCAUUGCUUUAGUCCGGCGGUGGAUCAGGGGUACAGUGCCGCUCUUCUUCGCUAUUAUGUGCACGUUCCUGUUGCCCCUCUUCGUCAAUGGACCCAACGCAAAAGAGAUUUUUAACAAUUUUUAUACGGAGUUCAGAAACCAGUAUUGGGCGCUUCUGCUUCAGAUUCGGAACUUCACGAAGGAACUUCACAUCGGAAUGUACGGCCACCUUUGGUACAUGUCCACAGAUUUUCAGCUCUUUGUGAUAACGGUGUUCAUCCUUCUGCUCUUCAAGAAGAGAUUGUGGACUGCCGUCACCGUCCUCAGUGUGCUGUCAUUGAUUGCCUGCUCCAUCUCCAUGUGGGAGGUGCAUAACACAGUGUACACUCCAUUCGUGCUUCCUAUGGCUGAUAAUUUCACGGUUUCCGUCGGCACCUUAAACGAGGUGUACACUCAUCCGUCCUACCACGGAGCCGCAUUCUUCCUUGGUGCUAUAACACAACUGCUGCUUAUCAAGUACAGCUCUGUGAAAAUCAGCAAGUUGUUCCAAGCAGGCAUGUGGCUCAUCACUGCGACAUGCGGACUGACAGCUAUCCUGAGCAUGUACGAGUGGAACAGGGGUGCGCAUCCACCGGAGUGGGCCAAGCUGUCAUUCGCCUUCUCCGAACGCCUUCUUUGGGCUAUCUGGCUCUCGUGGCUCACAUUCGCAUGUGCCACCGGAAGGGGAAGCUUCAUCACCCACUUCCUUUCUUGGGGAGCAUUCGUUCCACUCAGCCGGCUAUCAUUCGGCGUUUAUUUACUUCAUGUGCCAUACUACUUUGUUCGCCUCUACACAACGAGAGAAAGGCUCUUUUUCUCACAUUUCACCAUGGUGACCCAGUGCUUCGGCGCCCUUGUUACCAGCUACCUCCUCAGCCUCGUGCUGUUCGUCGCGUGUGAGGCACCAACGGGGCGCCUUGAAAAACUAAUCAUGAUGCCUCGCAGGCGGCCCGAGAAGCCGAGUGGGACCAACGAAGACAAACUUUGCGUGGACGACGCAUUUAAGAACUUCAGUGCGCCGGACCUGCUCGUCAAGGAAAAAGGAAUGCAAAACGGGAACAGGAACGGUGCCAUCACUGCUGGACAGUCAAGCUACCUUUGAGUGCCACACCUAUGCCUAUAACUCAUCUUCUCAUUGUAAUUACCACACGCAUGUUCAACUGUUGUUUGUUUCGAAGAGACCGAUGUGUUUGCUGCGCGCCUGGCGUUCAAUGCUUUUUUUGCUUCUUAAAGAAGUAAUACCAUGAUGUGAUCAGCCGUGGGUGAUAAGAAAGUAAGGAGGUAUGGUUGUCAUGAAGCGACAUGCUACCUUAUAAUAUUUGUGUCCCUUCAAUAUAACGUCCCAGCUCUCUUCUAUAAAAACCUCAACAAGGGCAGGUAAAAAAUAAUGUCCUAAGCCUCUUUCUGAAUAGACUUCUGCGCCCCUUUGUAUAUUCGGACAUAUGAAGAAAAUAUCACGCGUCCCGGAGGGAAUAGUAACAUGAAACAUACGAAAUAUUAAUAUCCGAUUAUCUCUAACGUUCCUAACAUUUCAAGCGUCGCCGAUCGGGAGAUGGUGCCCGCAUUUCUUUAAAAAAGUCAUACCGGCGAAACCACCACAUGAACACUUACAAAAUAUUGUUUUUCUAACCUCAGCAAGAACCAUUGUUUCUCUAAUUAUUUUCAGCUGGCACUUCCCAAGAUAUGUAGUCCUCUUUUUGUCUGUGGUAGGACAAUAAACCUUUAUUGGGAGUGUA